AUGCCUCUCGAUACAUCCACGACAUAUCCUCUUACGAAGCUGCGCCUCGACGGCCGGCGAUGGAACGAGCUCCGGUUGAUCCAAGCACAAAUAUCUACGAACCCGGCCAGCUCAGGGUCAUCUUACUUGGCGAUGGGAAAUACAACUAUCCUAUGCUCUGUACACGGUCCCGCGGAAGGCCGUCGAGGCGAUGCGACCGGUGGUUCGGCGGGCUCAUCAGGCGCAGUGGUGGAAGUCGACGUGAACAUUGCAGGGUUUGCGAGCGUCGACCGGAAGCGACGAGCAGGCGGAAGUGACAGACAAUCCGGCCGCAUUGCCUCUACACUGCGAUCCGCCUUUCAGUCGCACCUUCACACAUAUCUCUACCCACACAGCACGAUCAGCAUCCAUGUCUCUGUCUUGUCAGCGGACGGGUCAGUUCUUGCAGCGGCGGUCAACGCCUGCACGCUGGCACUUGUGGACGCCGGGAUACCGAUGCCUGGGUUGCUGGCCGGAUGCACAGCAGGGAUGAGUGGCAGUGCCUCGACGCCAAGAGAUCCGAUGAACGACGAAUUGGAUCCUCUGUUGGACGUAUCACUUCCCGAGGAGCAGGAGCUCCCAUUCCUGACCGUUGCAACGACGUCGGUUCCUGCCGUCGGGCCGGAUGGGGAUGACGACGAUAUGAAGGUAUCGAUGCUGACGAUGGAUUCCAAAGUGCACCACACAUAUAUCGAGACGAUGCUGGCUGUGGGAGUGGACGGAUGUAAGCAGAUCCGUGAGAUCCUGGACGGUGUCAUCAAAGGCUCGAGCCGGAGAUGA